AUGAACGAAGAAUAUAUAAACGCAAUAUUAAAAUUUAGGAGGAGUUACGAUGAGGAGGUGGUACAUAGUAACAGUGUGAAAGGGAAAGACGCUAUAAACAUUAAUAUUUACAAAAAUGGAGAAAAUAAUUUUAUAAACGUAAACAACAAGGAGGCAAGUGAGGAAAUAGAUGGGAGGAUAAACGAAGGAACGGACGGGGGGAUAAAUGAAGAAACGGAUGGGGGGAUAAAUGAAGAAACGGAUGGGGGGAUAAAUGAAGAAACGGAUGGGGGGAUAAACAUAGGAACAGACGGGGAGAUAAACAUAGGAGCAGACGGGGAGAUAAACAUAGGAGUAGAUAGGGGGAUAAAUAAGGGUGAUAUUAGGAAGUGGUAUAUACGCGAAUUAACAUGUUUAGAGGUGGAAAAGAGGGAUGCCACCAUUGAAAUCAAUAACAAUGGUAAAAAUUACGACAAAUACAGUAGCAGCAAUGCAAAUGCAAAUGGAAAUGAUACUAAUAAUAAUGAAAACAGCAAAAAUAAUAGUAGUUCCAAUACUGGUUAUAACCCUAGUUAUAACCCUAGUUAUAACCCUAGUUAUAAUCCUAGUUAUAAUCCUAGUUAUAAUCCUAGUUAUAAUCCCAGUUAUAAUCCUAGUUAUAAUCCCAGUUAUAAUCCCAGUUAUAAUCCUAGUUAUAAUCCUGACUUCAAUACUGGCUGCCGUGAUGGCCGGAAUAACGAGCUCAGUACAUGCGAAGGGCAGAACACAAAAGAGAUUGAUCAUUUCCUCAACGAAGGAGAAUUAAAAAAUUAUUUUUUCCAUAAUAGUUUAAGGAAAAACACUAAAAGAUUGGAUAACGUCAAUUUAUAUUCAACAUUCUGUACGAAUAGAAAAAAUGAACUUAGAAAAACAUCAAUUUGUAAAUAUUGGUUAAAGGGUAUAUGUGCAAAUAUAGUAUGUAAUUUUGCUCAUGGGGAACAUGAACUAAAAUAUACAUAUGGUGUUUACAAGACUACUAUAUGCAAACAUUGGAAGAGGAACGGAGUAUGCUCGAGUGGAGUUCACUGUAGACAUGCACAUGGGGAAAAUGAACUUCAACCCAAAAAUUUACCUGUACAUUUAUUAAAAAAAAAAAUUAAUUUAAAAAAUAAAUAUAAUAUGGAAAAUGUGUUUCUUAACUACAACGAUGUUCACAAAGUGGGGUUUGAUAUAAACAAUUUGAGCAGUGAUGGGGAUGGGAGUAGUCUAAUCAGAGGUGGAAGUGGGAGCAGCCUAGUCGGGGAUGGUACUAGGGGAAGCCUAAUCGGAGGUGGAAGUGGGAACAGCCUAGUCGGAGGUGGAAGUGGGAACAGCCUAAUCGGAGGUGGAAGUGGGAACAGCCUAAUCGGAGGUGGAAGUGGGAACAGCCUAAUCGGAGGUGGAAGUGGGAACAGCCUAAUCGGAGGUGGAAGUGGGAACAGCCUAGUCGAAGAUGGCACGAGAAGUAACCUAUGUUCCAUUAUCAGACAUGAUAAUCCCGCUGAUACUAACAGUACAUGCAGUAUAGAAAAUAAAAGAGUAAGUAUUCCCACAAAUAAGGAAAUUACAAAGGUGCCUUUAAAUUUAAGUUUAUAUAAAAACGGGGAGGAUCAUACCAUUAGUUCUAAUUUAUCAAAAAAAAAAAUUUGGAAUUCUAAAAUUUUUAAAGAAAAACAAGACGAUAACUACCAAGUUGAACACAAAUUAUCAAAAUUGUUCUUAACCAAUGCUAGCCAAAAUAUUAGUUAUAUCAUAAAUAAGAUACAGAAUAUUCGUACCACAGAAAAUGGCAAUAGUACCAAUGAUAAUAGUAGUGGUAAUAAUAGGAACGGGGUAAUUGGCACCCUGGAGAUAGGAGCACCGCCUGGUUACGGCGGUCCGAUGGACAGCACAAAUGAAAUUAGCGGAAUGAACGAAAUUAGCGGAAUGAACGAAAUUAGCGAAAUGAACGAAAUUAGCGAAAUGAACGAAAUUAGCGGAAUAAAUAAAAUUAACGCAAUGGAAGCCAAGUUAACGAAGAAAGGAUUUGAAAUUAACAAGACUGAUUUCCGUAAUAGCAACGGGAACUGCCAAGUAACAUGUACAGAUAAAUUUAUAAAUGCAGAACGAAGUAGUAGUACCGUUGACGAUGGUAGCGCACCGGACGGUAGUGGGAACACCAUCAUGAAUUCCAACGUGAAUUGCAGUGCUAAGGUUCUUGUCAGUGUGAAUGUCAAUGAUAAUGUACUUUCCAGUUUGGAUGCCAGCGUGAAUACAAGUGCGAAUGCUAUUGCGAAUGCUAAUGCGAAUGCUAAUGCGAAUGCUAUUGCGAAUGCUAAUGCGAAUGCUAUUGCGAAUGCUAAUGCGAAUGCUAAUGCGAAUGCUAUUGUGAAUGCUAUUGCGAAUGCUAAUGCGAAUGCUAAUGCGAAUGCUAAUGCGAAUGCUAGUACGAAUGCCAGUGAUAAUAGCCCUGACGGAGGUGUGCUUAGUAGUAGAGACAGGCACUACCAGAACGAAAAUAAUUAUAACAGACAUAUAUUCAAUAAUAGCAUUAAUAGUAUUAAUAUUGAUAAAAGCAAUAACAUCAGCAAAAGCAGUAAAAGCAGUAGUAACAUAAUUGGAAUUGCCCAUAACAGCAGCUUUAGCGCAGUUGAUGGGAAAAAUAGAGGUAGAGCCAUCCCUAGUGCAAGUAACCACAACACACACUAUGUAAAUUACAAUGACGAUAUUGUAUAUGAUCAGAAUAAAAAUCUUUUCAUUAGCACUCUUGACAACUCAAAGGAUUUAACUAAAAAUGAAAUAUAUAAUAAGAAAUUAUAUUCAAUGUACAUGCAUACAUUACAUAAAUUAUCAGAAAAUGUAAAAUAUACAAAUAAUGAAGAAAGCUUUUCUAACAUGUCUAAAAAUAUUAACAUGAACAGCAUGAACAAAUUAAAAGAAAGCAUUAUAAAUGUGGACAAUGAAAAGAAUAAAAUUAUGGUUCUCAGUGAUGACCACAUAAGACUUAACACACAUAUGGGUAUUGAUACUACUCGUAAUAAUUAUGAUAUAUCUAAAAAAUACGAUGAUAAUAUGAACACAGAUGAAUAUAUCUUGAAGCAGUAUGAAUUAGAACCAAAACAGAUGGAGUUAAAGUUGAUGUUAAAAAAUAUGGAUUCCAUGUUGUUUAGUGAAGAAUGUAAUAGCAGUGAAGCAAAUGUAUGCAACAGUAACACAACGGAAAAGGACUUCCCCAGUAACUAUGCCGCGAGGGCUGGAGAUGGUGGUGCUUCUACUACAAACACUGCUAACAUCGCGUCUAACACCGCUUCUAAUACCGCGUCUAACACCGCUUCUAAUACCGCUUCUAAUACCGCUUCUAAUACCGCUUCUAAUACCGCUUCUAAUACCGCUUCUAAUACCGCUUCUAAUACCGCUUCUAAUACCGCUUCUAAUACCGCUUCUAAUACCUAUUCUAAUACCUAUUAUAAUACCCAUUCUAAUACCCAUUCUAAUACCCAUUCUAAUACCUAUUCUAAUACCUAUUAUAAUACCCAUUCUAAUACCCAUUCUAAUACCCAUUCUAAUACCCAUUCUAAUACCCAUUCUAAUAUCCAUUCUAAUAUCCAUUCUAACACCAAUUCGAAUAUUGCUGCAAAUUACACACAUUUGAACGCCGACGAUGCUGGGGGCACUGAUGAACAAAAUAGUGGUUUGCACAGCAGAGAUAACACAAAUGAUGCUGAAAAUAAAAGUAGAACGAAAUACCUUAACGCGUUUAUAAAUUUUAACUGUAAGUCGAACCAGUGCAAAUGUGAAAGCCUCAGUAAUGAAAGAAACAUUACAUACAUAAACAAAAAUAAUAGUAGCUGUAGUAGUGAGAGCAAUAACGAUAAUCAUAGGGAUAGUAAUAAUAAUAAUAUGGCUUAUGAAACGUAUAGCAAUAUUAAAAACAUGCACAUGGUCAGCACAACGAACAACAACGUGGGUAAAGAUUAUUCACUGGAUUGUUUACGGAGUAGUAUUGCGAACAGUUAUGCAAAGAAUGGUACACAUAUUUAUAGAAAUAGUUUAACGUCUCAAAAGUUCAAGAAAAAUACAAUUGAAGAAGAAGAAGAAGAACAAGAAGAACAAGAAGAGAACGUAGUUUAUUAUGACAAUAGUGGCACAUACAGUAAACAAGGAAGUAAUUUAAUAUUUGGAAAUGACGGCUCAAAUAAUUACAUGAACAGUUCAGAUUUCUUAAGAAGCCAAAGUAGUAGUCCAUAUUUAAGGGGAUGUAAUAAUAGGCACAAUAAUAUAUACAAUAAUAGGUAUCAUAAUAGAUACAAUAAUAGAUACACUAAUAUACAUAAUAAUAUAUACAAUAAUAUAUACAAUAAUAUAUACAAUAAUAUAUAUAAUAACAGAUAUAAUAAUAGAUAUAAUAAUAGAUAUAAUAAUGUAAAAUUGAUGCAUAACUUGACAGUGAAUGAUUGCAUAGUACACCCUCUUCGAGUAAGGGAACAUGUGUGGAAUGGCAUUGACGGGCGGGAGGAAUCAAACUAUAAGAACGAAGAAGGUGGUCAGGAAGCAAGAUAUAAAUAUGUAGGAGAUGGUAAUGAAUCAAACUGUAAUAACAUAUACGAUGCUGACAAAUCAAGCUAUAAGAAUGCAAACGAUGCUGAUAUUCCAGAAGAUGAUAAGAAUUAUUUUUUCCCGAAUUGUAGAAAAGUCUUUAAAUGUUUACAUGAGAAAGAUGUAAAUUAUAUGAACAAUGGUAAGGAAACAGAUAUUAUAAAUACAAGCAAAGAUGAGCACAACAUUCCUUUUAACGAAAUGAGGCUACAAAAGGAUGUUUUAAAAAAAGAGGAUAAGUUUUACCUGUACAAGUCAGAAGAAAACGAAGGGAAUAUUGUACCUAAAAAAGGAGAGAGAAAUAAUGUGUUGUAUCACCCAAGUGACAAAGGUAACAUAAAUAAAAUAAAUGUCAGAAAUGAUAGUAGGAAGAUAUUGGAUAACUACAAUUGGGUCAAAUUGGCAAGGGAAGAGGAGUUAUGUAGUAGCAAGAAUUGCAUAUCAGACGAUAGUAAUAAAACAGGAAUGAAUUGUUUCCAUGAUGGGAUGGCUAGCUAUGGUAGUUAUAACAAGCAUGACAACUGCAGUUAUAGUUAUAUGUUGAACAGUAUUACAAAUAUAAACAGCAAAAAGAAGAAGGACAAUGAGAAAGAGAACGAGUUUCCAAGUAAUAUAGAACAAAGUAAUUCUUUGGAAAAUUUGCUAGGUGAUAAAAGGGAGGUAAUAAAUUACCUGAACAAGAAUUAUAAAAACUUUGUUAACAUAAAAAACAAAAGCUACGAAUUGUAUGAACAGAAUAAUUUAGAUAAAGAAAAAGAUUUAAGAAAUUACGAAAUAGGUGAAGAGUCCAAGACACAUUUUAUACAUAACUGGAAACACACAGAUAAAGAAAGAAAGGAAAUAUAUAAUAUGAAAAGGAAAAAAGAAAAUCAAAAUGAGCAUAUGGUACACAUGCAAAUAUUUCCAAUUAGUAGUUUUUUCCCUGUUCGUAAAGGGAAUGAGUCGCUUAACACAGGACAAAUCAGUAAUCACAGUACCCCCCCAACGAAUAGCAGUAGUAAUGGUAGUAAUAAUAGUUUCAGUGGUAGAUUUAGUAAUGAUUAUAUUUUAAACGAUAUGCGGUUAGAAGGAAGUGGGGGAAAAGACAAAUUGUUAUCCCAUGGUCAUAAUGAUGUUUUUAAAAUGAACAGCCAAAAUUUUAUUCCAUCGUUAGAAAGAAAUAAAAAAAAUAAUAUAUACGAUGAACUGUUCAUCCCUUAUGAGAAGAAGGUAAUUAAUAAACUCAUUAACAGUGCUAUGGGACGUAGUGGAGAUAACUGCACAGAUAUCUGUCAUGGUAGAAUGAACAUCGCAAAAGAUGCCAACAAUGGCAGCAGUGCUAGUAUUGCCUACGAUACCAGUAUUCCAAGUAAUUCCAUACACAGUAGUAUAAGACUGCCUGAGCACAAUGCAGUAACAAGUAAUAAUGACAAUGACUGCACUACUUGUUACGGAGGAUGCACUAGCUGCAGAAGUGACAACAGCUGUAGAGGCAAUCAUCUUAGUUGCCUUAACUGUACAUGUAAUAAUGAUGAAAAUGAUAUCAUAAAAUAUUUCCAUUUUAAAAAUUAUAAAAAUAAUAUAUGCACAACAUGUAAUGUUAGUAAUAAAGAGGAUGCAGUAACAUACACAGAUGAAGUUAUUGAUAUCACUAGUAAGAAAACAAAUUUUCCUUUUGAAGAAUCAAUUAGAAGUAGUUUUUUCACUAACGACUACAUAUAUGACUUACUUCAAAGCUCCACUAGUAAUCUAGGGACUGAUAAAAGUAAAUGUUGUGUGUGUGGGGAUAACAAUGAGCAAGUUACCAGGGAAACCUUAAAUGUAAUAAGCCCUUACCUGAACAGUGCAGUGCCUCCGGGGGAAGAGGUGGAUGAAAUGGAAGAUGUGGAAACAAAAGAUGAGGAAACAAAAGAUGAGGAAGCAAAAGAUGAGGAAGCAAAAGAUGAGGAAGCAAAAGAUGAGGAAGCAAAAGAUGAGGAAGCAAAAGAUGAGGAAGCAAAAGAUGAGGAAGCAGAUUACUUAGCAGUAUAUAGCACAAAAUGCGCGCAUACGGGAGGUAAAGAGUCAAAAAAAUCAUCAACCAAGUUGAUUAAUCUAAAUAAUUUACUAGGUAAGAAUACAAAUGAGCAAAAAUGGGAGCAUCAGCAAAAACAAAAUGAAGCAGAGGAGAAAAGAGGACAAAAAAAUGAAAGAGUUGAGGACAAGGAAAAUAUAAAAAAAGAUGAUAAGGAUAAAAAUACAAAUCGUAUGCUUCUCCUCUUAAAUUGUGUGGAGGUGCCACACAGAAGGGACAACAUUAACAAUGAGAACAGUGGAAACAGUGGAAACAGUGGAAACAGUGGAAACAGUGGAAACAGUGGAAACAGUGGAAACAGUGGAAACAGUGGAAACAGUGGAAACAGUGAGAACAAUGAGAACAGUGGGAACAAUGAGAACAGUGAGAAUAGUGGGAACAAUGAGAACAGUGAGAAUAGUGGGAACAAUGAGAACAAUGAGAACGAUAACGAUGCUCGAGAAAAGGGGAGUUUUAAUAUGCUAGCUAAUAACUCAACAAAACUAAUUCAGCUCGAACAGGAAACGGAGGGGACUUAUUAUGACUGUAACAAUACCGAGGAGGUAGAGAUGGGUGAAGAGGGCAGUAAAGGUAGCACAAGUGGUAGGGGAAGUAGAAAUGGUAAUACCCGAAACGCUGGUGGCAUAAUGGAGAAAAAUAAAUUUCAAAAAAUGGGCAUGUAUGAAACACAGAAUAACCAAAUAAUUAAUGAUAAUGAUUAUAGUAACAUGUACAUUUCAAGUGCUAAAAGUAAGAUGCCCUUUUGA